GCACGGGGGAGUACACAGGCACGGGGGAGUACACAGGCACGGCGGAGUACACAGGCACAGGGGAGUACACAGGCACGGGGGAGUACACAGGCACGGGGAAGUACACAGGCACGGGGGAGUACACAGGCACGGGGGAGUACACAGGCACGGGGGAGUACACAGGCACGGGGGAGUACACAGGCACGGGGGAGUACACAGGCACGGGGGAGUACACAGGCACGGGGAAGUACACAGGCACGGGGAAGUACACAGGCACGGGGAAGAGAGCAAAGAGCCACCCACUCCCACCCCUCCUCCUCACGCUCACCGAUGUUCUCCCCCAGGCAUCUCCCUUCUCCCUGGCACAGCGAAAUGGAAGUUCAUCUGCGCCUUCUGCUCGUGCUCAUAUCCCCCCUACUACCCCCACAUUCAUUCCCCCUGCCCACUCCCUCCUCUUGCACCCCCCUCUCACCAAUGUUCUACCCCAGGUGAAGGGAGAUGGAGUUCAUCUGGGCUUUCUGCUCGUGCUCACACCCCCCAGCCCCUGUUCCCUCUUCUUCACUUUCCCCACCUCCCACUCACCAAUGUUCUCCCCGAGGUGA